AUGCAGAAGUGCAUUUCCUUCAGCGGGUCUCGUGUGCAAGAUCCCGGUGGAGCGCAGGAAGUGAUUCUUACCUGUUUGCUUGCUCAUGGGACCCUGGCACCUUGCGCCAGCCUCCUGGGAAUGGGGAACCUCUUGAAGCAUCCUUCCAACACUUUCCAAGAGACUGGAACAGAAGUUGGUUUCGACAGUUUGAUGCAGCAAAAGACUGUGCAGCGAGAGGGCACCCAGAUCAUCUUCCUGGAUCAUCUCGAGGGCAUACUUGGUGCAGACUGUCCCCAGGAGCGGGUGUUGCUGCUGGCAUUCUCUGGGGCAGAUGCACUCGACAACUUCCUGGAAACCACCAAGUCACUCCAGGGUCGUGUGAUCCUGGCGUCAACGCGCCAUCCUGCUUCUUGUGGGGUCAAGGUGUUCUUGGGCGAGGUGGCGCCGAAUGGGGUGCAAACCAUCGAAGCUCCGCAAGUUUCCCAGCACGGGGUUUCCGUGACCUACACUUCCACAGACUACGGCAGUGUUUUCGAGUUUGCAAACAUCACCGUCUCGGCACCAUUCUCCGCCGUUGCGCCCAAGAUGCCGGUCGAGCUAGAGCAGCCAGAGGACCAGAAGAGUCGCAAACCCCGGCGGCUAUUCCUGUCCUCCAUCUUGAAGAGCACCUGGAGGGCUGUGAAAUCCCUCGCCAGUGCUGCCCUUGCGUCCUCGAAGCUAACCGCAAAGGUGACCUUCCAGCUGAAGAUCUCGGGGGGCGCUACCGAGCUGGCAAUGCUGGAGAUCAAAGGCACCCUGGCCAAUCUCCUGGAAGUCAGUGGCAAGAAGGUGGCUCAACUCUCUGAGGAGAGGCAGCUGAUCAAGUUUCCGCGCGUUCCCAUUAAAUUCAUGGUGGGGGUUGUUCCUGUAUAUUUGCACGUGGAUGCAGGCCUUUAUGCGGGCGUCAAAGCUUCCGUUGAGGCAAGUUAUGGUCUGACUGCGGCGGCGGAUGCUAGCCUGACACUUACUGCAACCUACCGGGACAGUACUGGCAAGGUAGAGCGGAGCUUGAAUUUCAAUUGGGACCAGCUUGACACCAAAGCCACCUUCGACGGAAAGGCCACAGCAAUGCUGUACUUGAAGCCAGUGGUGACGUUUACAGCAUACAAGAUCCUUCAAGCAGCAUUCGUCUUGAAAGUCUUCUACCAAGCGAUCUGGACGUUAGAAGGUGAGGCUCUGGCGGGCGAAUGUUCGGCAAACCUCAAGAAAUUCUGGGGCUUGGACCUGUCCCUGACCGUGAAGAUCCGAUCCAUCUUCACGAAGUCAUUCAACCUUUAUGCGAAUCAGUGGCCUCUGGCCGAGAGGGAGGAUGAUUGUGGCCCGUUCGUAAGUCUGCCUAGCAACUUGCUAACGAGCUUUGUGGAAGGAACGUCUGAUGAUGAUGAUGGGUCGGCGGUGUCGGAUGAUGCCUCCGGUGACGAAGGAGGCAGUUCUUCGAGUCCUUCGACUCAGACAACGCAAGAUGGCUGCAGGUGCAAGCAAAACUGGACUGCAGACUGGAAUGGCUCCGAAGUCAGCUGCGACAGCUACUGCUGCCAGUUCGAAGGAACUUCGGGGUUUUGUGUGAAGGAAGACCCGGCGUGCGGCACGGAGUGCUGGGGCCGCUGUGACACACGACGGCUUACCACCUGCGAAAGCGUUCAGCCAUUCUGCAAUGCGAACGCUUGCGAGAAGGAGCAGCCGGAUUGUCUCCGCUGUGGUUUCUGUGGCCAAGAUGACGUCAAUGAAACCGGGGGGAGUUCCGGUUCCAGUGGCGCCUCACCACCCAGCGCAGGUUCGGGGUCCGCUCUGAGUCUCGCGUCGCACCGCUUGGGUGCACUCUGGAACGGUCAAAUUGCUCCCAUUGCGGAUGGGACAUGCCCUAACAAUUCGUCUGCUGAGCUCGUUCUGCAGCUCGUGGAGGUCAACGACUGGGGUGGCGGCAACGGUCAGAUGACCUUUAUGGGCGCUACCAACGUCAUCUUGCCGGACGGCCGAUGCACCGUCAGCUUGAGCUACGUGGCAGAUCUCUACGGUGGCAGCAUUCAAGGUGGCACUUUGAAACCCAGCGCGGACGACGACUUCUUCGGUGAUUGCGACGGAUUCGUGUUGCCAUACGGCUGGAGGGUGGAUGCAACCACAGCCCGCAUGGCGGGGGAGGAUACAAUGAAUUGCUACAGCGUUGACUUGCAGGCAUCCGUUGCUUUGCCGACUUCGAGACGACUUUCCCGUGCGUUGUGGAUCCAAUCGCGACAAUGUACAUCGCCACUGCAGAUAUCAGCUCUUCAAGUCAACGUUCGCCACCGCCUUCCUACUUCAGGCUGCAGUGCUGUUUGCUUUCGAUGCUUGCUGUUGAAUUUGCUCACUCUUUGA